CAACACUUAUCAAAUGAUAUGAAUUCAAACAAAGUUUAACAUAUCUGCAGACGGACAUGAACGAUGGCUACCACAAAGCGGAGGCUGUUCAAGAAUCCUUUUGCAAAAACAAAAUUGAAAGAGCCAGCAGCAGAUAAACCAUGGAGAGAAUAUAAAGACUUAAAAAAUGGUGGGUGGUGGGUGAACAAUACAGAAGAAUGGGACGGAAACGACGAAAAGAGAAAACCGUAUUAUAAAACACAACUGGAAAAUAUAAAAGAAACUACAGAGCAUGUAUUGAAAGAAGUAGAUGGUGUGACUGCUAAACACGUAAAUAUCAUGAUGCUUGGUUAUGUUCAAAGCGGAAAAUCCUCGACAAUCAAUUCUAUAUACUCAGUUCUUCAUGGAAAAAUCUGUAAGCGGGCAAAGUCUGGGAGUAGUGAUACUUCAUACACACAGAGGUAUGAAUCAUUCCCAGGAGAAAAGGAACUAAACGAUGUUGUUCUAUUCGAUAUUAUGGGGGUUGAGGGAGUGCAAAACCAAGGACUAAUGAAUGAAGACAUACAAAGUUGCAUUAAUGGAGAGAUUGAAGACAACUAUCUAUUUGAUCCUCGUACAAAGAAGAAAGUAGCGGGAAAUUUUAUGGAUCAGGAAGUACAUUGUGUAAUGUACUGUGUUGAUGCUGAAUCAAUUUUUCAAGAAAUCAUUCAGCCUGUCCAGAAGAGAAUGCAAGAAAUAGAGUCACAAUUGAGAUUAACUAUGCAGGAUAGGAUAGUACUUGUAACUAAGAUAGACACAAUUUGUGACGAUACUAAAGAAGAUAUAACGAAAAUAUUUCACAGCAACAACAUAAAGAAGGUCGUCGAGAGAGCAGCGUCUGUCUUUAGAGUUCCUUUAAACCAGGUUUUUCCAAUCAAGAAUUACACAGAUGAAACAGAAACCGAUGAAAACAAAAAUAUACCGUUGCUGCUAGCACUGCAAAAGGCUGUAGACUUUGGCGCAGACUAUCUCCAAAAAACAGCGGCAAAUGCUAGGAGGAAAUCAAAUCAACAAAAAGAAGUUUUAGAAACAAAAGAACAGCAAACAGAAAUAUAAAACCUUAUCUUUAAUAAUCGCUUUAGGGAUAUUUGACGUAAUUUGGACUAGAUAAAAGGUUGACAAUUGUGAAAUGAUUCUACUGUUUUGUCAUUAUUAAACUUAACGAC